CGUAUGAAUUAUGAAUCGAGUCGUCAUCAGUGGAAAACGUCUCAAAAGUCCUACGUCAUGCUUAAUUCGCGUUAUCAGUUAUUCGGGUGACGUUAUUAAUCCAUCCGUGUCGUAAUUUCACGUGGAACGUAUAUAUACCGCGCAGUUUCUAUGUCUCUAUCAAAUCUGACAAAUCAGUCCCUCGUGCUACUUCGUGAAAGCUGUACGCAGCUGUACGCUUCUUUUGCAUUAGACAAAUAAGCUAUUUUCGUAAGAAACUGCUACAAUUGUGAUAGUGAAAUAAUAAAUAGAAUCGUUCAAGGAUUCAAGAUAAUUAUUUCAUUGUGAUACGCAUAAUAAUAGUUCAAUAUUCGUCUUGAUAAAUCGACAGAAGGAAUCGUGACUUGAAUUUUAAGGUUCAUCGUAUUUAAAAUGGAAUUACCACAUUUGGGUGAACACUGUUCAGAGAACAGUUGCAAUCGGUUGGACUUCUUGCCUCUCAAGUGUGAUGCAUGCUCAGGGAUCUUCUGUUCGGAACACAUGUCUUACAAGAGCCACAACUGCCCAAGCGCUUACAAGAAGGACGUACAAGUACCAGUAUGUCCUUUAUGUAAUGCUCCUGUGCCUAUAAAACGAGGAGACCCGCCGGACAUUGCUGUGGGACAACACAUCGAUAAUGAAUGCCAAUCGGAUUUGAAGAAGCCUAGCCAAAAAAUAUUUUCUCAUAGAUGCUCGUCGAAGGGUUGCAAGAUUAAAGAAAUAGUUCAAGUCUACUGUUCCGAUUGCGGUAAAAAUUUCUGUUUGAAACACAGACACCCGACGGAUCACGCGUGUCUGGGAAAGGAGGAGACGAUCCGGAGAAAAAGACUCGAUGCUCUUGAUAACAAUAUGAAAGUGAAUAAUAGAAACGGGGAGAUAUUCAAGAAUUAUCAAGGCAGCAUGAGCGAGGAUGAGGCUCUGGCCAGAGCUCUUCAAGCUUCCAUGCUAGAAGAGGACACGGCCAGGCGAAGAACGGUGGAAGCUGGAACACCUUCCGGGAAUAGGGACAGGUGUAGACUAUCGUAAAUUUCUAUGAUUUCAAUUUUCAUCGCUGCUCUUCUUUAGACGAAUUGUUAUAUCUCUCAGAUAUUUUAAUCCAUUGUAAAACAACUUUCUCCACUUCCACUUUGGACUUUCGUAUUUAAAAGACACGAUUUUAAAAUCUGUUACGUACCUUCUCAAAAAUUCUUCAAACUGCAUUUAACAAUCGAAUGCUUAACAUUCAUCUUGCUAAGUAAGCAAUUUUAAAUUAAAAGAACUAUUAUAAAUAGGUGCAGAGAUUCUAUUUAAAUAAUUGUGUUCAACUCUCUCUACGUACUACUCGAUUAUUUAUAAACUUCUAUGAUAUUACGCAGGAUAAUUUUUUUGUCCUUUUUAUACUAUCUAAGUAAGCACUGAAGGUUGAGGUAAUAUAAAUUUUUGGGCGAAUCAAACAAUUAUUGAUAGAUUAUUCUUUUCCUUUUAUGUAGGUGAUGCAAUAUGUUGAGAAUUCCGAACUUCAGUGAAUUAAUAUCGGUGUGGAAGUUAUUAUUAUUUUUAAAAGAAUAUGAUAGACAUAUCAAUGCGACAAGCUUUACACUUUUCUACUUUUUCAAUAUGUAAAGGAACAAUUUUACCUGUUUCUCUUAUUUAAAGAAUUUCGCAAUUUCCUAUAAUAAUUUAACUAAGCAAUUUAAAACUUACUAUUUAAGAUUUAUAAAUUAUUCCGAACAUAUACAUUAUACUCUAUUUAAAUAUACAUGUGCAUAUAUAUUUAAACAAAGUAUAGCGUUUACUCAAGUUUAUAAUUAUACUUUUUGUACAAAUGUAUAUUUUAAAAACGAGGUUCACACACGUUUGCACAAU